AUGGAGCCAGAUUUAUUCUAUACAUUUGCCAGCAACUUCUCGCUCAAGACUUUUGAAGGUGUCGAGGGCAGCGCUGAUUUCUACGGGUUGGAUUUCCGUUCUCAUUCUCAAGACCCUGCUAUUCGCAAAGUUACGGAAUUCUCUGCAGCCGCUUGGUUUGACGGCCCGGCAACACUCAAUGGUGAAAGAGGGCUUUUGGUAGCAGGCGACUCGGAGAAAGGGAAGAUACAUAUCAUAGAUAUCCACAACCUCACAUUGACAAUCGUUUAUAGCAAUCCGCUUUUGGGGAGAACUCCUUCGCUUGGCGUAUGUAUCGACGGAAUCAAAGUUCACGCGGACGGAUGUUUGUAUUUCACAAACUCUGCUCAGAUGUACUUCUCACAGUUUCCAAUGUAUCAUGACACUGGUCUUGUCCGGGGCGAGAUUGAAGUUCUCUUUAAUCUGACAACUUUGAAUCUUUCGACUCCACUUGAUGAUUUUAUCUUUCAUCCCAAUGGAUCAGUAUACCUGACUGUUUCAACACUUGCACUGGCAAUUGUUCACCCUCCUGACUAUUCGAUCCCCGAAAUGGUGCUGCCCGUCAACGGGCCAACGGCUAUGCGGCUGAAGAAAACAGGACAUGGAGACCUAAAGCUAUAUUCUGCCAGUACGGGGAAUGACUUUGCUUUUCCAAGUGACAACUUCGUCAACGAUGCUGUCCUCAUCGAAAUAAAUGUACCCGUUUGA